AUGGGCGAGCAUAAUCUUCUUAAUAGCGGGUUUGUGGGACCUUUGGUAAACAUCCACACGGGAGACACAUUUUACCUUCCAAACUUUAGAGCGUCCGGUGGACAACUGGCGGGUCUACCCUCACUCUCCUACCCAAGAAGGGACAAUGUAUGCUCCCUCCCUUGGACCCCGUCAGAGCCGUGCAAUGGAUAUCCUCAACCUUACAUUAGCAGUCCUAUGUCCAUUAACCCCUCUUUCAACCAUACAUGCGAAAUUACGAGGCAAGAUGAAGGCAAAUGUUUUUACACCAACGGUGGUGGUAACAGAGAAAUCUGCGAAAGAUCAAACCUCAAGCGCGAGGAGGGGACAAGAGGAGACUCCUGUUCCUCCAUAAUAGUGGAUCAUCUGCACAACGGGAUGACAAACAACGGUACCUUUUCUAAGUACGACUACAACAACGACCAAUUAAACCAAGAUCCGCCAUCCUGUCAGUCUCUCGAAUCUGACUCCAGUUCGUCGCUGCUCAAUGAAGGGAGCAAAUCCUCAUCGGGUAUCGCACAGGCGCUGACAACCCCUGGAAAUCAUGUCCCAAACGCAUCAUUCUCAUCACCAGGUGCUCCGUGGUACCCAAUGCAUACACGAACCAGAAAGAAGCGUAAACCCUAUUCCAAACUCCAGCUGGCAGAGCUAGAAGGAGAGUUCAUGCUGAAUGAAUUCAUCACCCGGCAGCGACGGAGGGAGCUAUCUGAGCGCCUGAAUCUCAGCGACCAACAGGUGAAGAUAUGGUUUCAAAACCGCAGGAUGAAGAAGAAGAGAUUGAUGCUCAGAGAACACGCUUUGUCCUUCUUCUGAGAGAGAGAAUUGUAAAGAGAGGAAAGAAUAAUGUGAAGAAAUAUGUAUGUAAUCUCAUUGAAACAUGCGAGUGAUUAUGUUAUUGUAGAUGGGCUGUACACAGCAUGCAGUCUCCUGACGGCCUUUAGAUAAACAUAUUUUUACUGUGACAAAAUAACU